CAGUGUGUUCGUCUCUGCUGUCUCCUUCACUGUGCCCCGCUGCACCGAACAGCCCCGAGAAACUCUGCACGCUCCGCCCCACAAAUAAAGAGACAUGGAAGAAAAAGGAGUGGGAAGUGUGGUGCAGCAGGACAAGACAGGAAAAGUCAAGCAGGCAGAGAACAAAGACCAGUGUGUGGUAUGUCAUCACCACGCACCCAAGGGACAUGUUACAAUGGCCGUCCCUCCUGCAUACGCCGAUUUGGGGAAAUCUGCCAAAGACAUCUUCAGCAAGGGCUUUGGCUACGGAACUCUGAAGCUCGAUGUUAAGACCAAGUCCCAGAGUGGUGUUAUGGAGUUUAACACCUCCGGCUCCAACAACACCGACACAGGGAAGUCCGGAGGCCACCUGGAGACCAAGUACAAAGUGAAGGACCUCGGCCUCAACUUCAGCCAGAAAUGGAACACAGACAACACUCUCACCACAGAAAUCACCAUGGAGGACCAGCUGGCUAAGGGUCUGAAGCUCAGCCUGGACACAUCAUUUGUGCCCAACACCGGUAAGAAGAGUGCCAAGCUGAAGACUGGCUACAAGCGCGACUACGCCAAUGUGGGCUGCGACCUGGACUUCGACAUGGCCGGUCCCACCGUCCACGCAGCUGCCGUGCUGGGCUACGAGGGCUGGCUGGCUGGCUACCAGUUGGCGUUCGACACUGCCAAGUCCAAACUGACAAAGAACAACUUUGCCCUGGGAUACAAGGCUGGUGACUUCCAGCUUCACACCAGCGUUAAUGACGGCACAGAGUUUGGUGGCUCCAUUUACCAAAAGGUGAACAGCAACUUGGAGACAGCGGUCCAACUGGCCUGGACAGCUGGCAGCAACAACACACGCUUUGGAAUUGGAGCCAAAUAUCAGCUGGAUAAGGACGCCUCCCUGUCUACCAAAGUUGACAACGCCUGCCUCGUUGGAGUUGGAUACACACAGACCCUCAGGCCAGGAGUGAAGCUCACCCUCUCAGGUCUGAUUGACGGGAAGAACGUGAACGGUGGUGGACACAAAAUCGGAUUGGGAUUCGAGCUGGAGGCGUAAAGAUUCGACAGGAGUGCGGACGAGAAAAGCAACACAAGAGAAGAAUAAAGAGCCCAAAUGUGAAAACACCACAAAGGUCCACUCAGCGACACGUACAAACACAUCUUCCCUCUGAGUCCUACACACAUAUGCACACGUUCUUUGGCCUUAAACCCUUAAACCCUAAACAGCCUCAAGAACCUCCAGUACUGUACCUUUAAAGGAGUCAAACGUCAUGUUGUGUUGGUUAUUUUACAUUAUUUACAGGUUCUACAAACUAGCAAAUAUUGUCAGAAUACACCCAAAGAACAGCAGGUAAUUCAUGCAAAACUGUUCUCCAGAAUAAUGUGCUACUUGUGACCAGUUUGAUCAGACAAAGUGCACUUUUAAUAAACGACAGUGUCAUAUCUGUAUUCUUUGAAGCACCUUCUUAUUUGGACGGCAUCGUCGGCUCAGUUUUUGUUCAGAUAUACUCUGGGUUUUAGACAUUAAUAGGAUUAUUAGAGGUUGCCUGUUUUGGUAUAUUGUGGUUUUGUUGCAUGCUUUUCGAGGCGAGAGGGAAGUUCUGUAUUGACAAGUACGGUGACGGAAAACAGAUGCAAUAAAAGCUGGAGAUAAUGAAGCAGCAGAAAAGACAAAGAGCAGCCAAUCCUGAGUUUGAUCCCAACAUUUGACCUCAGUAACACAGUUAUAAACUGUGGACCUUCAGUUGCCUAAAAGUCUAUUUUUCAGGUCCUGUUUGGUAAAAGGGCCGAUGGCGAUUUGGAACUCCGUGUCACCUCUUUGUCGCGUCUCAUUUUGUGUCCUGUACCUGUUCAGCCUUUACCACUACAUUUCACUUUAUCUGUGCUGUGCUUUGUAUAGGGGAGUUAGUCAACAGUUAGGACCUCAAACUGAUUUUAUUGAAUUAACGGAAUAAAGAUUGUUAAACACUC